AGGGGAAGGUGGUGCGUUGUGCUGGCUGUGGGGUGGCACCGGCUGUGGUUUUGGGGGCUCGGCUGUGUCUGGGUGAUGCGCUGGUGCCAACAGCGAUGGGCUGGGUGUCUUGGAGAAGAAGGUCACGUCCGGAGUUGGUGCAGGGAUGCAGACCCUGCCGGUGUGUGUCAGGAGCACAAGGGAACAGGGAUAGCCCAAAUUGUCCAGCGUUUUCACCCCCAUUCCCCUGCGUGCUGGGAACAACCUGCGGAGGCACUGGGGGUGCUCUUGGGUGGCCCUGAGCGCCAGGGGAGCGUGAGGUGCCUCACAUCGGUGUGGGAAGAGACGGGAGAAGGGAUGGAAAUUUGGAAAAAAGGCCGUUCCAAUGUGGCUGGUCUGGGUGGGCAGGUUGUUAUCCGGGAGACUGGAGCUGGAGUGGGGUGAUUUAUGGGGUGUUUAUUCUGGUGUGUGGGAAGAGCUGGAGCAAAGCGGGGCUCGGGAUGGAGCCGCCGCUCCUCCGCAGGCACCGGGAGAAGGAGUUCUGUGGGGUUGGUGCGUGGUCCAUGUUGGGGAUGUUGAGCGCUUUGGGCCGUAAUUCCCAGCCCCGUUUGAGAUUCCAGACGUGGCGUUGGGGUUUCCCAGUGAGGAGAUCGCGGGGCUUUGCCAGGUGGGGGCCUGGAUAAUUUGACCAGGAGAGGUUGGGAAGGGAGGAAGAGCAGAAAUCCUUGUGAUGCCCCGAGCUGCCCUGGCAGCAGCUGCAGUGGGAAUCACUCCUUGGCUCGUUCCUGUCUCAUUUUAGGGGUGGACUCUGCUUUUGUCAAACAAACCCGAUUCAGUUCCCGUUAUUUAUUUAUUUAUUUCACACGUGGGUCGUUCCUCGCCUGCGUUACUUCAUUUCAGGUUAUUUCCAUUACGUGUCUUGUGUGUGUUUAUUUAUUUUGAGGAUUUUUUCACACACAGAUAAAAACAAAACCACUGAAAGCGCCCGUUAAAAAUAGACCCCUUUUCUGCUUAAAAUCAGGGGCACACAUGUGAUUUCUUUUAUUGGUAUCAUGUGAAAAACCUGUCUUGGUGUGAUGUUGUGGUUGUGCUUGUUGGUGAAAGUCACACAAGAGCUAAAAAACAUUCAGGUUGAGCAGAUGACAAAACUUCAGGCCAAGCACCAAGCAGAAUGUGAGCUCCUUGAAGACAUCAGAGCCUUCAGUCAGAAAAGAGCUGCAAUCGAGAAGGAAUAUGCACAGAGCAUCCAGAAGCUGGCCAGUCAGUACUUAAAGAAGGACUGGCUCGGGAUAAAAGCUGAUGAACGAAGUGAUUAUAGGAGCAUGUAUUCCGUGUGGAAAUCCCUUUUGGAAGGCACCAUGCAGGUGGCCCAGUCCCGGCUCAAUAUCUGUGAGAACUAUAAGAACUUAAUUUCAGAGCCAGCCAGGAGCGUCCGGUGCUUCAAGGAACAGCAGCUGAAAAAGUGCGUGGAGCAGCUGACAAGGAUCCAAACUGAACUCCAGGAGACAGUGAAAGAUUUAGCUAAAGGCAAAAAGAAAUAUUUUGAGACUGAACAGAUGGCUCAGGCCGUGCGGGACAAAGCUGAUAUUGAGGCCAAGUAUGUUUUCCUAAUAACAUAUUUAAAAGCCCGUCGAUCCGAGUGUAAUUCCAAGGCCAUCCAUGCCAGGAAUGAUUAUCUCCUCACUUUAGCAGCUGCCAAUGCACACCAAGAUCGUUACUAUCAAACAGACUUAGUGAACAUUAUGAAGGCCCUUGAUGGAAAUAUAUAUGAUCACCUUAAGGAUUAUUUAAUGGCAUUCAGCAGGACUGAACUAGAGACGUGCCAAGCUGUACAAAACACAUUCCAGUUUUUACUGGAGACUUCCAGCAGGGUGGUGCGGGAUUACAACCUCCAGCUGUUCCUGCAGGAGAAUUCCGUGUUCCACAAACCUCAGCCUUUCCAGUUCCAGCCGAGUGACAGUGACACUAGUCGACAACUGGAAUCGGAAACUGGAACGACUGAGGAGCACAGUCUGAACAAGGAGGCUCGGAAAUGGGCCACCAGGGUGGCCAGGGAGCACAAAAACAUCGUCCACAGCCAGAGGACCCUGGAGGAGCUGGAAUGCCACGGGCCCGUGAUGUCCGAGCAGAGCCGAGCAGAACUGGAGCAGAAAAUAGACGAAGCCAGAGAGAGCAUCCGCAAGGCUGAGAUCGUGAAGCUGAAGGCCGAGGCCCGGCUGGAGCUGCUCAAGCAGAUCGGGGUGUCGGUGGACACGUGGCUCAGGAGCGCCAUGAACCAGGUGAUGGAGGAGCUGGAGAGCGAGCGCUGGGCCGGCCUGCCCUCGGCCCCCAGCAACGGCCCCGCGCACCUGAUCAAUGCUGAUGCAGAAAAGGAGGAAGGGGAAGAGUUUGAGGACAGCAUGGACGUGUUUGAUGACAGCAGUUCCAGUCCUUCGGGCACCCUCAGAAAUUACCCCCUCACCUGCAAAGUUGUUUAUUCCUAUAAGGCUUCCCAACCGGAUGAAUUGACCAUAGAGGAGCACGAGGUGUUGGAGGUCAUUGAGGAUGGAGACAUGGAAGACUGGGUAAAGGCACGGAAUAAGGCGGGUCAGGUGGGAUAUGUCCCGGAGAAGUACCUGCAAUUCCCAACCUCCAGCAGCCUCCUGAGCAUGCUCCAGUCCCUGGCGGCGCUGGACAGUCGAUCCCACACCUCCAACAACUCCACAGAGGUGGAUUUAGUCUCAGGAAGCCUCAAUGGAGACUCCAGUGUCUGUUUUGUAAAAGCACUUUAUGACUACGAGGGGCAGACGGAUGACGAGCUGUCCUUCCCAGAGGGAGCCAUUAUCCGCAUCCUGAACAAGGAAAACCAGGAUGACGAUGGAUUUUGGGAAGGGGAAUUCAACGGCAGAGUCGGGGUGUUCCCGUCAGUGCUGGUGGAGGAACUGACGGCCUCGGAAAACGGGGAGACCCCCUGGAUUGGGGAUAUUCAGAUUUCUCCAACUCCGAAGCCCAACAACAUCCUCCCACCGCUCCCGUUGUAUGACCAACCUCCCACCAGUCCCUAUCCCAGCCCGGAUAAAAGAGGCUCCCAGUUCUUCCCGAGGUCUCCAUCAACUAAUGAAAACAGCUUCGGAUCCGAGUGCCCCGGGUUCUCCCAACCUCUGCGGAUUCCCGCCGAAACUUCCUACGGAAAACUGCGACCUGUGCGAGCAGCUCCUCCACCCCCCACCCAGCACCACCGCCGGCCCCCGGAGAAGAUCGAGGACGUGGAGAUCACCCUGGUGUGACCGGGGGGGGCUGAGCAGGAGGGCUACAAUCAAGACCAAACCCAGCAUUUGGUCCCUCUCCCAUUUUUAGGCACCUUUGCAUGAAGAAGACUUUGGAAUAGAGCAGGACACCGGGAGGGUUGGAUUUUGGCGGAUCCCUUCCCGCGGCCGUGAAGAUUUUUGUGCCUUUUUUUGUUUGUUUUUUGGUUUCUUUCCAUCGGUUUUGGCCUCUCUUAGCACAAAGCAAGCCCAGCAGAGGAUUUGCUUCGGAGCAGGCUUUUCCUCCUGGCUGAAGAUGCUCCGUUUAUUUUCCCAAGGAGACUGAGGAAUGAGCCUCCUUCCUGCAGCUUAGUCAUAGCACCCUUUGCUCCCGUGCAUUAGUACAGUAUAUUACUGUUGCCAUAGGAAUGUGCUGAACAUUGUGGAUCCUUCCAGUAGCAUUGGAUUGUCUGAUCAGGUGUUAAAUCAGAUCCCGCGGAAUGAAAAAAGGGAACGGGAAGAUAAGUCAAAAGGAGAGGCUGGCUCCUCUUUCACCCCCCUGCAGAAAGGAAGAAACAGGAAAAGAAGCUCCUGGAGGAGCAAAAGACCACGGGGGGGGGUUCGUUCCCCUCGUCAGGAAUCAUCAGCUGGACCCUUCUGCUCCUUGGAUUCCUAUUUACACAGGACUUUUUAGUCCCAGAGGAUCUACUCUGGAGGUGCUGAAUCAGUAGCAACAUCUUGUUCCGUAGCAUAAACCAGAAAAGUAAGUGAGGUUUUGUCUAGAUCUGCAAAUCGAGCUGCUUUAUUUUUUGUUUUCUUAGCAGAUUUUGGGGAUUUGGGUUUGUUGUUGUUUUGUUUUUUUUUUAAAGUGUUUGGGUCAUUCCUACCCCAGUUAUUGCUGUGUGCUUAAUUAUCCAACGUUAGCAGAUAUCUUUGUCAUCCAGCCACCUGGCUUGAGUUAGAGGUUCCAUUUUAAGAGUAUUUACAUGCAUUUAGUUGUUGCAUUGGAUGGUCCUGUAGUGUUUUCCCAGUGAAUCCCAUCAACCAGCCAAAGCCAGGGAGCCUGGAGCUCCCUGUGAUGCCUUCACACCACCUUGGUGCCCAAGAUCUGCUCUCCAGUUCCUCUCGGGAGAGAAGCAGAGAGGAGAAGAAUUGCAAAUUUCCCACUGGAGAUCUCUGAAAAAGGGAGCUUUGCUUUUGCUGUGCUUUGAAAGAAAAGGGUUCUGAGGUCGGAGGUGGAGAGGGAAAAACUGGCUGAGAACAGGUUUUUUUUGGGUCCUGGCUGAAUUAUUGUCAGCAAUCUCCAUCAGAGGGAGGAUCAGAGGCAUCCCCAGGUUGGGUUUUGAGCUGUUUCUGUGGGUUCUCUUGUGUCUUCAUGGGUUUUUGUUCAAAGCCAGUGAGUUUUCUACCUUUAGUUUACUAACAAGGGCUAUUUUUUGAGGCUGCAUUUACAAAAAAAAAAAAAGAAAAAAAAAAAACACAAAAAA